GAUCACAGUAUUCAAGGAUUUUCAUUUGCUGUAUUCUACAUUGAGUAUACAGCAGUGUUGGUUUCUGCUGUACUUCAGUGCUUUAACACGUAUAUCCCAGAUUAUAAGACAUCAUCACCGGAAGAAUCAGCUGCAGUCUUGUCCAAGCUGACACUGUGGUGGACCACAAGAUUAGUCAUUCAAGGAUACAAGCAUCCUCUGACUGAGAGUGAUAUCUACCCACUGAACAAGAGCGAGAAAGCAGCAACUGUUGUCCCAGCAUUCAUUUCUCACUUGUCUCCAGCAGUUGAGAA